CGUUCCCGUCAGUGCGAUUUUGUCGGUAGUGAGUGUAUCAUGGCUUCGCACAAUGGCAAGAAUUUCAUUAAAUAAAAUUUACGUCAAAAAUCGCGCAAAAGGGACCAAAACAUCAAAAUUGAAAAUCUGCAUAACUUAUACAAAGUGUUUAUAGGACUUCCUUCCUGUGUGUGCCAAAGAUACAAACUCGUGCUGCAUUUUAAUUGUCCACAACAACAACCCAGCCUUUGUCCCAAACCCAAAACCAUGCACACACAACCGGCCAGCAAGUUAUCGUUGUCCUAGAAACGCAGGGAACACCCCUCAUUCUGUCAGAUAUUUUUGUUCCAUGACAUGCAAGUCAUUAAUUUAGUGCUUCGUCCUUAAUUUUUAAUUGGCUGGAAGUGUGAGGGAGGCUGCGACCGGUUCAAUUGGGGAGCAGUCGAGGGGCUGUCAGUAUGAUGGCCACGGCUGUCCAGAAGAACAGCCUCAAAGGACUCCCGAACGGCAACGGUCUAGUCCACCAGGCGCUCAACGGCUACGGAGGCGUGGAGCAGGUCUGCGCCCCGGUGCAGGAAUGUGCCCCAGUCGAGGAGUCUUGCGUUGGCGAGGGCUCCGCGCUCCCACAGACUGAGCUCGUGCCCGUCAGUGACAGUGCGGCCGAAGAGCCUGAGAUAGACAUUAUGAUAAACAACGUGGUGUGCAGUUUCAGUGUUCGGUGCCACUUGAACUUGCGCGAAAUCGCUCUGAACGGUAUCAACGUGGAGUACCGCAAGGAAAACGGCAAGAUUACCAUGAAGCUACGCAGGCCCUACACCACGGCCAGCAUCUGGUCCUCUGGCAAGGUCACGUGCACUGGAGCCACCAGCGAGUUACAGGCCAAAAUCGCAGCGAGGAGGUUCGCAAGAUGCUUGCAAAAGUUAGGCUUUAAAGUGCGGUUUAACAACUACCGGGUGGUUAACGUGUUGGGGACUUGCUCCAUGCCUUUCGCUAUCAAGAUUAACUCGUUUUCGGAGAGGCAUAAAGAGGCAGACUAUGAACCUGAGUUGCAUCCUGGAGUCACGUACAAACUACUGAGUCCCAAAGCCACCUUAAAGAUAUUCUCAACGGGCAGUGUUACUGUUACAGCGCCAAGUGUGGCAGACGUACAAGCCGCCAUCGAAUAUAUUUUCCCUUUGGUUUAUGAAUUUCGUAAAGAACGUACGCCAGAAGAAAUAGCGCAAUUGGCUCUGAAAAAGUCGCGUCAAAUGGCGCACAGUCCCGCCUACGACGAGGAGUUCCCGGAGGAAGAAGAGGAAGAAGAAAGUGGAUGGGAUUAGAGUGCUAGUGAUGGUGUUCUUUAUAGAUAUAAUUUGUUUAGACUUUUUCUCGAUUUCUACGUUUUCGUGCUUACUUGACACUUCUUUGAAGAUUUGGAUCGUCCCUUUCUCGUAAAUUUUACAUUAAAUUUUACAAUCAAAACUUUAGCGCAAUUUAUUUUAUUUGACUAGUGUAUAGUCCCCGGUUUUAUCAUGACUUAACGGACGAUUCAGAUAUUUCUAAGACCCAAUACGAAUAAUCGACUGUUUUUCACACUCAUGUAUAAAAUAUCGUGUAUCUGAGUAUCAUUAAUAAUUUAUUUCAUAUAUUUAGAUAGAGCUGUAGGACUAAUCGACUGAUUGAACUACUCUUAGAGUACGAGUGGCAAUAAGUGAUAAGUGACCCACGAUAUUUUAGGUCCGCAGCUUUUAGAGUAAUUUCACGUAGAAAUAAGGCCUAGCAUCGUCAAUUUGUACUUUAUACAGCCAGUAAAUUGCACUUGAUUCUUCGGUUGUGUGUUGCUGCAGUGCUUUUCCUGCUCUAUCUUUCUUUAAAAUUUUAGUCAAACUCAAACCGUCUGUGGGUUGCUUUUAUGUUGUGAAAUAUUUAUAGAACUUGAAAUCGAACACAUCUGUCAAUUUUCGGCCUAUACUGUUUCCUUUUCAGUGUUUGUUACCUUCGGCGCGUUGCAUUUAAAAUUUAAACGAGAAUAUUUUCGAGUAAAGUUUAAUCGUGACGGGCUAAACAGUCCCUUACUAACAUUUUCGUAUGAGUGAUCUACGCUUCAUCAUUUUAAAUAAAAGUAGAUCUUUAUUAUAAUUGAUGUUUCCAGGUAAUUAACACUCGUACUGUAAAUUGUGUCGUCAAAGUAAAUGUGAUUCAGAGUAACCACACUUUGUGUAAGAUUGACUGUAAAAGCAAUUAGGAACUCCCUGAGCCUUAUUAAUAGUAAUAAAAUAAUAACUAAUAAAGACAGAUCUGUAAUUUCGUAACAAAAUUGUUUUCAAUUAUGAGAAGACGUGCAAGUAAAAUUGCUGAUUUUAGACCCUCCGUGUAUUUGUUCCUUCACAGAUGUCAAAAUAUGUGUAAUGUUAAUGUAUACCAAAUCAAUAAUUUAGUAGUAAAUGGAUCCUUGGAUCAUGUUCUAGAUAUUAAUUAAUUGCUUUCUUAAGUUAAAGCUUGUUCUGAUAGUGUGUAUUAUAAUUUUUAUGCGUAUCUACUGUAUUCUGAAUGUAGAUUUAAUAAAGUUUUCUCAUUUUGUUCAA